AUGUCAUCACCCGGGCGAGCGCCCCCCGGCGCAGUCCCUCCCGGCGCGGGUACUUUGCCCCCCGGCCCGGGACCGUCGCGCCAGCGCUCUCUCAAGGACCGUCUUAAAGAUGGCAUCACCGGACCAUUCCACUGGCAACAUUUUUGCGACAAACGUUGCAACUAUAAAACAGAAGAAUCAUAUGCCGAUAAGUUGAAAGCUAUUCUGAAACUUGAAAGUGUGAAGGGCAAGAAAGGUCGCGCUGAUGUGUACAGCCACAUCCGACCUUGA